GCUCAAAUCUUGCAUUCAAGAGAUUUUGUUGAGGAAGAGCCAGCAAAUGCAGCAACUUGAUCUGAACAGGGUGACAUUCUUGCAUAUGAAUGGAACUCAGAUGACAUCAUAAUUUCUAGUCUUUCCUAAGAAAGAGAGUGACAAGUUAAAGAAACCAGCGGACGAGCUUACCCCUCUACUAGAACCUCUGAAAGGAGAACAAUUUGGGGGUAGAACGGUAAAAUCGGACCGAUGCCCUCUUUCUUUUCCAUCCGGCAAACCAGCUUCUUCUCCAGCUUCGGAAGCUCAGCAAAAAAAAAAUGAAGAUCUCCCCGAGGUCAGCGGUGGCGCCGUGCGUCGUCCUCCUCCUGCUCGGCGUCUCGUUCCUGUGCAACGCGGCGGAGUCGCCGCCGUACACGGUGGUCCAUCGAGAAUCGGACUUCGAGGUCAGGCGCUACCGGGAGUCCACGUGGAUGUCCGCCCCCGUCCGCGACAUCUCCUUCCAGAAGGCCACCCUCAAUGGCUUCCACAGGUUGUUCCAGUUCAUUCAAGGCGCCAACCUGAACUUCUCCAGGAUUCCGAUGACCUUUCCGUUCGUGACGAGCAUAGUCCCUGAAGCCGGACCGCUCCACUCGUCGGCCUACUCCGUCCUGUUGUACUUGCCGCCGAAGUUCCAGGCUGACCCCCCGACCCCUCUUCCCGAGCUCGACCUGAAGCCGCAGGCGUGGGAGAGCCGCUGCGUCGCAGUCAGAAAGUUCUCCGGGUUCGCGAAGGACGAUAACAUCGUCCAGGAAGCGGAGAAGCUCGCGUCCAGCUUGAGCAGGUCGCCAUGGGCUAACAUGACCUCUUCCGAGAGUAGCUAUGCCUAUUCGAUCGCUCAGUAUAAUUCUCCUUUCCGAGUGAUUGGUCGUGUUAAUGAAGUCUGGGUCGAUGUCGAUGCGCCUGGAUCAAAUGGUUGUGAGUUCAGUGGAGUUGCUACAUAUUGAUGCAUGGGGAUUGACUUGUUUAGACAAGUAUAGAUUCCUGGUCCUGCUACUAAGGUCAAGAACUUAAUGUCUGGGUCUCUGUGUGACCCCUACAUGUAAAUAUGAUCGAGGGUCUCUGCAACAUCUCUUUGUAUAUCUUGGAUCUUGUGUAAAAACUCUUACAUGUGAAUUAUAUCAUCCAGUUUCACA